AUGGAGAAGGGAUUUAAGUGUGUUGUUCAUCAUUCUGGUGAGUUUUCUAGGGAGUUUGCUAACUUCACUAAGUCAGGAUAUCAAGGGUUAAAUACCAUUAUUGAUUUUGAUUUGGAUUAUUGGGGUUACUUUGAAAUUUUAGGCAUGUUAAAAGAUUUAGGUUAUCCAACUAUAGAUAGACUUUGGUAUUACGAUGAAAUGAAUGCUUGUGAUAUUGUGUUGUUAGAGGAUGACAAUGGAACUAAGAGAAUGCAUACAAUUGCAGUAUUGACUGGGGAAUGUCAUUUAUAUGUUAAGAGACCUUAUUUAAUCGUGGUAUAUCUUUAUGGAGACCCUUUUUCCAUAGCUUAA